AUGGGCAGUUUGAACAUUUCACAGUCAAAUGUAACAUUCACUGGAAGGAAUAUUGUCAGUAACAAUAGUCGUCCCAUUUAUGCUUUCAAUAGUCGAAUCGAGUUUAAUGGACCUGCAAUGCUGAGUAACAAUUGUGGUGUGUUUGGUGGAGCUAUCAGCGCUGACCAGAGUGAAAUAUACAUUAACACAGAAGGAGUGAUCAUCACCAACAACACAGCUACCUCUGGAGGAGGGAUACUUCUGAGAGAAAGUACACUCCUUGUAAAAGAGCCAAUAAAGAUCUAUCACAACACAGCACAGAAUGGUGGAGGGAUAUAUGUAUAUUCCAGUAGAGUUGAGUUCCAAUCAGUGCCGAUGGUAGGUGCAUAUGGUCAGCCACUUCCUCCAAAUAGACAGAGUGAGAUUGCUCAAAACAUUGCUGAGAAUAAUGGUGGAGGUAUUUAUGCAUCAUCUUCAACUAUUGAAGUUGUAACUCAAUCGCACGUCAACAUUGACUCAAACACAGCUAAAGCUAGUGGAGGUGGAGUGUAUCUACAGCAAAGAUCGAGAAUGUACCUAUUUAAAACGGAUGUAGAAUAUAGGACUCAGGAUCCGUUAGUCAAGUUAAUGAUUAAGAAGAACUUGGCUCAGUACGGAGGGGGAAUAUUUGUGGCAGAUGACACAGACAGUGGUGCCUGCAAAGUAGGGGCCACAGAAAUUGAUGCAACCUACAUCAUUUUUGCUGACUGCUUCAUUCAAACAAUUAGUCUGUAUGGGUAUUACUAUGAUCCAAACUAUUUCAACACAUUCAUGACUAACAACACAGCCACUCAGUCAGGAGCAGACAUCUACGGAGGUAUGUUGGACAGGUGUACAAUAAGUUCAAGUGCUGAAUAUCAAAUUUCUUCAAAUACAUUGGACUACAUAAAUAACACUAUAAAAUCCUCCACCGAAUUAUUAAUUUCUUCUAGGCCCCUGCAGGUGAUGUUUUGUAACUAUUCACAAAAUUACUAUGUUUCUACAAAAAAGGGACACACAUUUAAAAUCAGUGUUAUGGCUGUUGACCAAGUUGGAAAUCCAGUGUAUGCUGCAAUUCGCAGUUCUGUUAUCACUGAGAGUGGAGUUGGUCGUCUCAAAGAAGGACAGACAGAACAAGAAGUUGGCAAUCAGUGCACAGAAUUAGAGUACAAUGUAUUCUCACAAGACAGCUCUGCUCAAGUGGAACUCUAUGCUGAGGGUCCAUGCAACAAUUUGGGAAUUUCAAGACAACUUUUUAAUAUUUCUUUUCUACCCUGCACAUGCCCUAUUGGACUCAAACCAAUUCAGUCAGAUAUUGAGUGCAAGUGUGACUGUGAUCCAGACUUACUACCAUAUCAGAUAACAGACUGUUCUGAAGAAAAUGGGACCAUAACGCUGGAAAGAAAUAGUAACAUAUGGAUAGAAUUCAUAAAUACUACCAACGGAACAGGGUAUGUUGUUAGUAACUGUGUAUUUGACUAUUGCGCACAAGGGCCAGUGAAGAUCAGUCUAAGCAACCCUGACAAACAGUGUGCCUACAAUCAAAGUGGUGUCUUAUGUGGUGAAUGUAAACCAGGAUUCGGUCUUUUGUUGGCUACGUCACGGUGUGAAGAAUGUUCUGAUAUUCACCUUCUUCUACUUCUUCUACUAAUAUCAUUUGCGCUGGCUGGUAUAUUGCAAGUUGCCUUAAUUCUUGUGCUCGACAUCACUAUAGCAACUGGGAAUAUUCAUGGUUUCAUUUUUUACGUCAAUAUGCUAGCAGCUAAUAGAGCAAUUUUCUUACCAAAUUUAAACAACUUUUUAACAAUUUUCAUAUCAUGGGUGAAUCUUGAUUUAGAUAUUGGGACGUGCUUUUACAAUGGAAUGACCUCUAAAGCAAAACUGCUCAUUCAACUUGUCUUCCCAGCUUACCUGUUUAUUCUGAUGUUCUUAAUAAUUAUUUUGAGUAAACACUUUAAAUCAUUUGCAAAACUCCUCUCCAACAAGAACCCAGUUGCUGCCCUAGGCACACUCGUUCUACUCUCUUAUUCCAAACUCUUACGGUUUAUCAUUGCUGCACUACAAUACAGGGUCUUGGAUUAUCCUGACGGUUCAACCAAGACUGUUUGGCUGUAUGAUGGAAAUGUGCAAUACUUUACUUCAGAUUUCAUCCCUCAGUUUGUUGCUGCAGCCAUUAUCUUCAUUGCCGGUGGAUUGUUCACUGUAGUGCUCUUCUUUGGACAAUGGUUUCCACGCUGCUCCAAGGUUAUGAUAUGGACCAAGAACACGAAGUACACUGGCUUCAUGGACACAUUCCAUGCUCCAUUCACUCCCAAGCAUCGCUACUGGGUGGGACUGCUCCUCUUUGCUCAGAUUGCUCAAAAUAUAGGAGCUGCCCUGGCUACAAACACUUCUCUACCUGUGUUAUCAUCUGGGUGUAUUGCAUUCGGACUGAUAUCAUUGAACAAUCGAGUGUAUAAAAAGCAACUUAAUGAAUAUUUUGAAGCGUUGUUUCUGCUUAAUCUUGGCAUUCUAUCUAUUGGAACCUCCUACGUUGUUGAAACACAACAACAGCAAGAAACACUGGCCAAUGUUUCAAUGUCCAUAGCUUUCAUUAUUUUUGUGACAAUAAUUAUCUACCAUUCUCACCACUUUAUACUGAAGAAGACCAAAACAUGGCUCAAGAUAAAAGAACUCGUUAAGAGUAUCAAAAGAAUUUUACGAGCUGGUGCUGCAGACAUGAGACUUCAACAAGCUAACAAUGGCCGAGAAAUAUAUCAGCUAGUAGCCGAUGAAAACGAUGACGAUGAAUUACUCCAAGUAGUAGACGACUAUGAACAAAGAGACCCAGUGGAUCCACCUUACACUGAUGGAGCAGAAGAAGAAGCUGACCCUGAUCGCUACAUCACUCCUCCCAUCAUCAGACCAGCCACGAGGCCGGACCAGCUGAGAUUACCCUACAUGGAUGAGCUAGCCCCCCUCACCACAGAGGACUACAGACCAGCCCCUCCCCUAGCCUCCUUCUCAAGGCCUAAACAAUUAGAAAUAGGCCCCAUACGCAAUGAAGUGUGA